UUCUUGUUUCAGCGCAGUCAUUUGAAAGGACAUUCAUACACACACAACCCAACAACAGCUAGCACUGAGCGUUUUGGUUUCGAGUUCUCUGAUGAGUUGGCUCUACGUCCUGCGGUUCGUCUACAGGACUUCGAACAGACAGUAACCGAACCGCCCGCGUGCGUUUGUUUCCCGGUCUGAAGAGAGGAUCACGCUAGGAGCGUCUCGCGCAGGAUGGCAGCCGUUAAAGCGCUUCAGCAGUGGUGUAAGAUCCAGUGCCAGGGCUACCGGGAUGUGGCCAUCACGAACAUGACGACCUCGUUUCGAGACGGGCUCGCCUUCUGCGCGCUCAUUCACAAGCAGCGGCCAGAUCUAAUAGACUUUGACUCUUUGCGGAAGGAGAACGUUUAUGACAACAACCACCUGGCGUUCCGUGUGGCUGAGGAGCAGCUGGGUAUCCCUGCGUUGCUGGAUGCAGAGGACAUGGUGGCCCUAAGGGUCCCUGAUCGCCUCAGCAUCCUCACAUACGUCUCCCAGUACUACAACUACUUCCAUGGCAAAUCACCCAUUGGCGGUCUGGGAGGCAUCAAAAGGCCUGCUGAAAGCACCAAUGAUCAGCCUGCAGGGAAGAAAAACCCACCAAUCACAGCCAAGACACACUCUCCAGCUGCACCACCAACACAAAAUCAGCCAAUCACAGCCAAGACCCAUGCUCCGGCUGCCCCGGCCUCACAAAACCAGCCAAUCACAGCCAAGACCUUCUCUCCAGCUACACCAGCCACACCGAGUCAGAGAGAGGUGUUGACUGAGCGCACCAAUAAGACUGGUACUCUAAGCAGCAGCUGCACUGUCUGCAGCAAACACGUGCACCUGGUCCAGCGCCACCUAGUGGAGGGGAGACUCUACCACAGGAACUGUUUCAAGUGCAAUGAGUGCUCCACCCUUCUCCUCUCUGGUACCUACAAACCGGGAGUCAAACCAGGAACCUUCAUCUGCACAACGCACAACACCCUCAGUCCUCCAUCCAAUCAGAGCUCACGGAACCCUCCCACAUCCAAUCCCAGACCGUGGACUUCCCCCUCAACCAAUCGGAGUGAGCUCAGCUCCAAGGCCACGCCUUCCCCUUCCAAACCCACUGGCCCGUCCUGGCUCGUCACUAAGAGUGACCACACGACGGUGCCCACACCUACGCCGUCUCCACGGCAACAGAAAACGGCGGUGACGGUGGUUAGCCCUAGCGCUGCACACAAGUCCAGCAGUGCCGCGUCGACGACGCCCCCUCGUGCCACCUCUCUCACACAGACGCACGACUCCUCCCCAGGUUCCUCAAUCAGCACCUCGGCUACCAAGAACCAACAGGCUCGCCAGCGGUUCUUCGACUCUGGAACCCCAAGCGGAACCACAAAGCAGCUAUCUGGGGUGGCUGAUAGAGCAGAAUCCGCCGGUACGGGCAUCGGAACUGGGGGAGGGAAGAAGGGAAGGGUGCUCCUGAAAGUGGGAGAUUGGAAGAAAGAGGGAGAGAAGGAGAGAGAGGAGGAGGAGGAGAAGGAGAAAGCCAAGAGUAUGAUUGGAAGAAAGCUGGCCGAGGAGAAGAGCAACAGUACUAAUCUAUGGAAAACGGAUGGAGUGAAGAGCACUGACAGCAGUGGACGGGUACGGCUAAAGCCUUUGGACGUAUCCUUGUCAACAAACACAACAGAAGACAAACCAAGUCCAGCCUGGAUGAAUAAAUCCAGUAAGGACAACAAACCAGCCCUCGCACCCUCUAAAGAAAAUGACUCGGCCCCCAACAGCUGGAGGUCAAUGCUUAAGCCCGUCAAGGACACCAAAUCUGUUGGCUCCACGGACCCCGUCCCAUCCAGCCACACUGAGAGCCCAAAGCCCAAGUCCACCUCACUUCUGUGGGGAGGCAGCUCAGGCAAGCCCCAGGCCUCUGGGCCUUCCUCAAAUCCUGCUGCUCCUGCCUCAUUGGGCACUCCUACCGGCAAGGAAUCCACAACCCCAGAGACUACACACUCGAAAGAAUCACCAAAAUCACCAAAGGGUAAACCAGACUACAUCCCCAAGGAGAAGAUCCUGGAGGAGCUGGAUGAGAUUGAGAAGAAUCUGAACGAGCUGGAGGGGAAGGGAGUGGAGCUGGAGAAACAACUCCGACAGUUUGAAGAGGAGGAGAAGGAAGAUGUAGUACAGGAUGAGCUCAUGGUGGACUGGUUUAACCUCAUCAGACAAAAGCAGGUCUACAUGAGACGCGAAUCUGAGCUUGUCUACAUUGCCAAGAAUCAGGAUCUUGAGGAGCAGCAGCCCGGUGUUGAAGCCGAACUCAGAAGGCUGAUGACCAAACCUGAGCACUUGAAGACGUCGUUUGACCGCAAGCGUGAGGAGGACCUGAUGGCCAAGCUGAUGGAGAUAGUUAACGACCGUAACGCCAUAGUGGACGGACUGGAUGAGGAUCGACUCAGAGAGGAGGAGGAAGAUGAGCAACUCAAUAAGAUGAUGGAGAGUCUUGAUUUGAAGAAAGAGAAGGACAAGAAGAAGUCUCCUAGGUCUAAAUGGUUCAGCUUCAGGUCCAAAAAGGACAAUGCUGUGUCUUGAAAUCUUUAUUUUUCUCACUGUGUACUGUGUGCUGCUCUUUUGUCUCCCUUAGUGACAGGUUUGUGUUGUUGUUAUUGUUGUUGUUGUUUGUUUGUUUGUUUAUUUGAUGUUGCUUUCUUUGUGCUGCUGUACAGUCAUGCAGACUGGACAAAUGUAGAUCCGACCUAGUAUCUGUGUUGACACACAGAGGCCGUUACUCUAGGAGACAUUUUACCCACAUUUUAAUGGGAUUUACACUGCAGCAAGAUUUGCUAAAGUGCUAUCAUGGGCUCUUAACUCUUACAAGUAUAUUUUUACUAUUUGAAGGUAGAGGACUCAAGCAGUGCACUACACAUGAGAUUGCACCAGAGGGCGCUGCUUGACUGAUUCUGUUGCAGGCACUUCAGAAUCAUAUCAGACACACACACACACACACACACACACACACACUAAUUUGCCUGUGAUCAGUCAUUGACAGGGUCAGAGUAUUUCAGACUUUCAGGGACAAGUGUCAAGUGUAUUACAUUCAAUGGCUAAACAAGUGGAUGCAGAGUGCAAUCAGUCUUUAUUUUUCAGAGUGAUUUUGUGUCAUACCUUUUGCAUUGUAAUAUCACAGAAUGCUGGAUCAUAAUAUGAAUGUAUUCUAGCAUUGAUGAUCUUGUGGUUUUACAGUAACAGGGCUACCCAGGAAUAUGACGGUUGCAUCAAUGUAUUGUGACCUAAUAAUACAUUUUAUCAACUUUUGAUAGCUUUGUUUUAAUUAAGAGUUUUACAGAUAUUAUAUUUUAAAAGUUGAUCAUAUUUGUUUUUAUCUUCUGUAUUACCAUAGCACAACAAUGACGCCAUGACCUCUAAAUAGAAAUGCAUUCCUCUUGGGUCCUUUCAAAGGGAGAUUGGUCAAUUGGCUCCAUACAUUAAAAUAACACAAACCAUCA